AUGCGCUUCGCUGCCAUACUCUCUGCCACCGCCACCAUGGCUGGCGUGGUUCGGGCCGCCCACGGCGACGGCGACGAAGGCAGCAUCAUGGGCCCGGUGGCGUUCCUAUGGCCCGACGACCGGAACUGGUCUGCCGCUGCCGACAACAAUGGGCCCUGCGGCAGCACCGAGGGCGUCACCAACCGCACAUUGUUCCCGUUGUCCCACGGCUCUGUUGCCCUGACCAUUGCCGACGAGGCCUACAAGGUCGCCUUUUACGUUGCCUUUACGAACGACCCCACUCGCCAGACCGAGUUCCAGGAGCAGGUCGUCAACAACGUCACCGAGGUCGCCCCCGGCCACCAGUGCUACAAGAUCGACCCCGUUCCGCCGUCCACCACGGCCGGCACCAAUGCCACCAUCCAGCUGCAGUACUGGGCUGUGUACGAGGGCGAGAACAACAACCAGAACCAGACGUUUUAUGCCUGCGCCGACGUUACCUUUGUCGAAGACGCAGAUAUCGUCGGCUCUGUGCCGUGUUUCAAUGUGACGGCCUCCGAUUUCAGCAGCGAGGGCUCGUCGUCCACCAUAUCUGCCGGCAGCGGCGCCACCACGGGCCCCACCGGGCCGGGUGUGGGUUCGAGUGCUGCUCCUACGACAGCCUCCGAAACGAGCGGCCUCGCCGCGGGCGCCAAGGCCGGCAUUGCCGUCGGCUCCAUAGCCGGCGUCGCUGCGCUGGCCGCGCUCGGGGUCUUUGUGUACGCCCGCAAGCGCCACACGGGCUACCUCGAGCGACGCCGCGCGUCCAAGAUGAAUGCGCCCAUCCCGCUGAACAAGCGCAAACCAGACGGCACAUCGGUCACGUCGGCAUAG